GCUCCGCACGCGCCGAGGAGAGGAGAAAAGAGAGAGAGAGAGAGAGAGAGAGAGAGAGAGAGAGAGGAGAGUGGAGGAGAAGAGAGGAGGAGAUAGUGAAAGAGAGAGUUAACCGACGGGGAGAUGUUCCAACUGCAGUUUUUAAACGGUUAUUUUUAAGGAACUGUGAGGACCUUGUUGGCUGACUGGAAUCAACGGUCGUCGGUUUGAACCCUUUUCAACCUCCGCUUCUCGCUGACCGUUAACCCCAAUAAAACACGUCACCUCUCCGGUUCUUUCUGAGGAUCCACCGGGAACAUCUAACGGCAUCUAACGACAUCUAACGGUCUGUUUUCGACUGAGUUGACUCACCUGCAUGGGAAUGUCCACCGGGAGUGUGCGCGCUCACUCGUAGCUGAGCUAUUUUAAAAACCAGCGGAAACUUCUUCUUCUUCUUCUCCUCUUUUUUUUCCCUCCUCUUGUUUCUGAACCGGACAGCGGCGGUUGGGCUGUGGCACGCGGAGGAGAACCGAACCAGGAGGCUCGCGCAGAGGGGAAACUGUCCGGGGUCCUGAAAGCGCGAGGGAGAGAGCGAGAGGGGGCACGCGCAAGCUCUGUCCUGGGAGCUGUCCGCGUGCUGAAGACCAACGGUUUUGGAACGUGAAGAAGAAAAAAAAAACCAACGGUUGUUUUUUUUUUCUUUUUUGAAGCAACGGAAUAAAAACGCACAAAGAAGAAAAACUGUAGUCGGAGCAAUAUCUAAUACAGGAAUUGGUUUAUUUAACUUUUUCUUUUUUUUUUUUUUUGACCUUUCAGAGCUCCACAGGUCUUCCGGUGGAGAGUUGUUGGAGGAAACCAAGCUAUUUUAUUUAUUUUUCAAUUUUAAUUUUUAUUUAUUUAUUUUUUUAGCCCAGGACCGAAAACUCACUGAGCAAAAAAACAUAACUAUUAAAACAGAAAAGCACACAUGAGGAGCAGCUGGCUGGUCUGAUCUUUAAAAGCCAUGUCUCCUCUCCACUUUCGAGGCUGUUUAAUAGGAGGGAGCUGAACCCAGGGAGUUAAAAUACAGCUAAAACCUAAACUUAAGAGUUUACACCUAUAGGUUUUUGUGGGUCGAGUUUAACCUGAGCUGGAAGACAGAGAGAGAGAGUGUUUUCUUUUUUAUUGUUGUUUGAGUGUAUAGGAGCAACCACCGUCCCAUCAUGCCUCGCUCUUUCUUAGUAAAGAAAGUGAAACUGGACGAUUUUUCGGCCGCAGAGUUGGAGAGCUCCUACAGUCACAGCAGAAGAGAAGAGCUCAGUCUGCGAUUUCAUCAUCAUGACAAAGGCUACGUCAGCGAUUAUCUUAGUCCAUCUCCUUACGAUGAUGUGGUGGGAAGCGUCUCAUCUGUCAUCUCUAAAGUACCCUCCCCCAGCCACCCGUCAAUCAUCUAUGGCCGAAUUGACGACACCUAUUCCGGCAUCCAUGGUGAUAUCCACGGCGAUUCAGACCAGCCGGACAGCCCGCGCUCUGAGGUGUCGUCAUCAGCCGGUGGAUACAUCAACGGGGACGCAGCCGUGAGCGAAGGGUACACUGUGGAUGCGUUUUUCAUCAUGGACGGGCGAUCGCGGAGGAAAGCCGCGGCAACCCCAAGAGGAACCACCCAGAGGCACACCUGCAGCGAGUGUGGCAAAACCUACGCCACGUCCUCCAACCUGAGCCGGCACAAGCAGACGCACAGGAGCAUAGACAGCAAGAUGGCCAAGAAGUGCCCCACAUGUGGGAAAGUCUACGUUUCCAUGCCUGCGAUGGCCAUGCACCUGCUGACCCAUGACCUCAAGCACAAGUGUGACGUGUGUGGCAAAGCGUUCAGCCGGCCGUGGCUGCUGCAGGGCCACAUGCGCUCGCACACGGGCGAGAAGCCGUUCGGGUGUGCGCACUGUGGCAAAGCAUUCGCCGACAGGUCAAACCUGCGCGCUCACAUGCAGACGCACUCUGCCUUCAAGCACUACAAGUGUAAACGGUGUGACAAGACGUUUGCACUCAAGAGUUACCUGAACAAGCACUACGAGUCGGCGUGCUUCAAGGGGGCUUUCUCCCCUAUGAGCUCGCUGGACGAAUGAUGGAUUCAGGUUUACUGGAGGUUUUUUUCGUUUACUUAAAUCAGAUUUUGCCGGCCUCACUCCCAAUGUUUCCUGCUUUCGCCAACAAGAAUACCAGUAUUCCUGAGCACUACAAGAAAGGAGUGUUUUCUCUGCAAGGAUCAUGAGGCAAAUGACAAAAAUAGAUUGAGGACGUGUCCAUUUUUAUCAAGACCCUCCCUCCUCUUGUCUCCUCUUUCCUCAUCAGGAAGUGGAACGAAAAGUUUUCAGUGCUUGUUUUAGAUUGUCACCUGUUUCGAUAAGAUAUGUCCCCUACUGAGGCUGUUUUGAGUAUCUCUGAAGAUAAAUAAAGCACAGCACAUCUAGCUCAUCAUUUUUGAAGAUACCUAGAUCUAUUUAUGUCCGUAUCUAUCCUCGUCCCUCUUUUUUUUUGUGUUCAACUCAUGGCGAAACGACACUGAAGCACAAAUCCUCUCCCAUCUCUCCGUCUUAUUUCUGUGACAGCAAUAUCACAAGUGUAAAGCAUGAAUCACAUCUUCGUCAGUUUUCUUGCAAAGAGAUUCAAUGAACUUUCAUAUUUACUCCUUCUUU